CGGAUACAAUUUUUGUUGUAGCUCCGCGGCUGUUCACGGGAGAUGAAUGAAGCGACUAGCUAGUCUCAAAUUAGCGACAACAACACCGCAACAUGUAAACCAGAUACGGGAUAAUAAUAAAAAACACUCCCGGAGCUGCUCACAGUUCCAGCCCCCUCGACUCUGAAUGUGUGGCGCAUGAACUAAACGGGAAAACCUAUUGCUCCAGCGACAGCCUGCUAAUAACAGACGUUAGCAUGUGUGGGAAGGAGCGGGUGGAUGCAGAACCGCAGCUGUCGUAGCUGAAUCGACUGACAACACCCCACCACCAGAGGGCUGAGGCCACAGUGGCACCAUGAACCCGGGCCCGACACACCCCAUGAAGCCCAGCUGCGGCGGCAGCAGCAGCAGCAUCACCGAGCUGCUGUGUGCCCUGUGCGACAGCAGCCUGUCCGGGGUGUCGUGGAAGCGCCGAGCCCUGGGAGGAGUCUCACGAGAAGGUUUCCGCAGAUCUCUGAAGAGGCGCGCCUACGGUGCCCUGCUGUCCAAACUGUUCCAAGACGGCACCAAAGGGUCGUCGUCUUCGUCGGGGCCAAGCGCCACAGCUCGUACGCCGCCCAGGAACAGAGUCCUGAUGAUAAGUUUUGACCUGCGGGUGGCAGGGUGCAGAGAGGAAGCAGAGAGGUUGGAGGAGCAGCUGGGGCGGCUGCAGGGGGACGUCUCCUCCGGCCUCAGUGAAGUGGACGCAGUCCUGGAGCUCCUUGUGCACCUGGCUGGUUCGGCGCCUCCGACCGCGACGUCUUUCAGCAGGGACUACAUGAGGAGAGAGCGGGCCGUGCUGCGGAGGCCUCCACCCUGGGGCUACCAGAGCGAGGAGCUGCAGAGGCUCGAGGCCAGGGCGUGGGGGCUGAUUUGUGGGGAGGAAUGGGGGGCUUUGGAGAGAUCGUACGGAAGUCAGAGGUUGAUGGAUGCGCCGCCGGGCACAGGGCUGCUGGCUCUGAGGACUAAGUUGGAAGCGGAAGAAAGAUUUGAGAGGGAGACCAGGAUGACUCUGUUUGGAGCAAUGCAGCACACUCGCACUGCAGACAUCGACAUAAGACUGGACCUGCCUCCUAUUCCCAGUAACAUUGAUGUCACUGGGUUGGCUAUCAGGGUCCCCCCCUGUUUAGAUCAGUCUGAGGAUGAGGGCUUCCAAUCAGCCUCCAACUUGACCCCAGACUCUCAGUCCGAGCCCAGCCCCGUUCCAGACAUCGAUGUAUGGGAAGCUGUCCGCACUUUUGAGCCUGGAAGACGCCGCUGUUGGGAGUCUGUUGGAUGCCCACCAGGGAAAAGCGAGUCUCUCUAUCUAACGGAGCGAGGCAGGGAGGCCUUCGACCAGCUCUAUCGUCUCUGGGAGGGGGAGAUGAGGGUGGUGAGCACUGGUAUGCCCUCGCCUGUCCUCCCACUGCCCCUGGACUCUCAGUCACAACUGGUGUCUGACCUCCUCAAUGUCCUGAUCGGAGUGGCUUCCACAACAUUCCCUCUUAACCAGAGUGUGCAGUUUGAUGUGAGGCCCGGUGUGUGCGUGUCGGGAGCCUCUCCAGAGAGCGUGUCCCGUCUCUUGGGGGAGCUGGCCCAAUACGGCACCUACUACCUGAGGCUCAGUCGCUUCUCUCUGCAGAGUGCCGAAAAGAAGGGCCUAGUUUUCCAGGCUUUUACAGGUGGUCUGAGGAAGUAUCUCCAUUACUACAGAGCUUGUGUUCUCAGCACACCACCCACACUCAGCCUGUUGACUAUAAGCUUCCUCUUUCGCAAAGUGGGCCGCCAGCUCAGGUACCUGUCAGAGCUGUGCUGUGAAGACGGGCCUUUGGGUGCAGGCCAGGCUACCUUCCCCGUGGGUGUUAAACUGCUGUCCUACCUGUACAAUGAAGCGCAGAAUAACUGCAGCAACGAGAACUAUCCGGUCCUGCUGUCGCUGCUAAAGAACAGCUGUGAACCCUACACAAGGUUUGUGUCUGACUGGGUGUAUAACGGCGUGUUCCGAGAUGUUCAUGGAGAAUUCAUGAUCCAGGUCAACGAAGACUACCUCAGUUUCAGAGACAAACACUUCUGGGUCCAAGGCUACACUCUAAUCUCAAAGGAUGUGGAGGAUUGUGUUCCCAUCUUCCUGAAACACAUCGCCAAUGAUGUGUACGUCUGCGGAAAGACCAUCAACCUCCUCAAGAUCUGCUGCCCACAGCACUACAUCUGCUGGUCGGAGCUGCCGGUGCCUCCCAUUGCUGUCACGUUCUCCCUUCAGGAGGUGGAGGAGAUUGAGAGGGACUGUGCGGUGUACCGCGGACGCAUGGAGAGGAUCGCCAAGCAUAGCGCCAUCAGCAGGGAGGAGCAGGCCCUGCGCACAGAGCAGGCACGCCAGGAGCUGAUCAAUCAGGUCAGGGAGUCCAAAGCCAAAACUCUGGAAAGCAUCCGAGGGCGCCAGGUGUCACAACGUCUGGCUGAAGAGGCCAAGAAGAGGGAGCGUUUUGAGGAGCUGAAACAACACCUGGAGCAGGAGCAAGAGUGGCGAAGCUCAGCCAAGAAGAAGCAGGUGGAUGACGAUUUCAGCUUUGCCAGAGAGCUGAGGGACAGAGAGAAGCGGCUACAAGCCCUGGAGGAGCAGCUGGAGCAGAGAGCCAGGAAAGAGCUGAUUGCUCAGUACAGCCGCCUUUCAGAGGAAGCAGCCCACAGAGAGAGGCGGGCCAUGUGGAGGGUGCAGCGAAUGAGACUUGACGAAGCCCGUGCUCAGUUCUUCAUUCACGACAGACAGCGCAUCGAGGGAAUGCUAGAGAAAUAUCCCUUAGGCCAGGAGAGACCUCCUGUGGAAGUAUUGCCACCUGUUCCCUCAACACAACAACCAACACUGGUAUCUUCCAGUCAGGAGCUGCCAGAGCAGCAGCCAGCUGAGACCCAAGAAGCUGACGCUAUACCAUCACCACCACCUGACCCAUCCUCAUGUGACCCUGCCCUCAUCUCUGACGACGUCGAUAUCAACGAUUUUCUCCCCAAGUCACCAAAUCCUGACAGUCAGCAAGUGGAUACGGCCCUACAGGAGAUUGGGUCUGACCUACCUGAAGUGUGCCCUACAGCACAACUAGUUGACUAUGACUUCUGCGCCCCCUUUAGUCCACUUGAGGGUAUCGCUGCCCAGGCCCCAGUUCAGCCCCGGCCUCGCUGGGGACCUGCUGUCCAGCCUGACCUGAUCCAAAACCACCCCUCUUUUUCUCACAUCCCCAUUGGAGAGAAUAUAUCUCAAGUCCAGGAGAAUGUCCCCAAAACCAGUCCCUUUGGUCAAGCUUCUAAAUCCAGCUUUCCUCUGGGCCAGUAUACCCCAGAGGAGACCCAAAACACAUCUAAAGCCAGUGUUUACAGACGUCCUUCUCGAGCUGCCGCACAUGAAGUAGACGGUACCGGGUCAACCACAGACGACAAGCAAAAAGAAGUUGCCCCUGUGGCAGAACAGGACACUGAAAUGGGCCCUUUGGAAAGGAGAGUAGGCAUAAAAGAAGUUGAAACUGUUGAGCCUAAAAAAGAAGAUGAUGUGGUUGUUACUGCGCUCUCCACCACACCAGGGCAAGACAAAAGUGAGCACAAAGUAGUGACAAAUAUUUCUGACUGUGGUGAUGGGCUGAAAUCACUUGAGGCAAACACUCAGAACAGAUUAGAUGCUCAAGACAAUGUUGAUAAAAAUAUGACUUUGCCAAACAUUCAGGGUCAUGUCUCCAGUGCACACCUAAAGGUUGGAGAGCUGGUUUCUGAUGUUGUUGCCCCUCAACCAUCAGCCAGUGUCCACGGACACUCAUCUGAUGCUCACAUAAAGGUUGGACAGUUUGCGUCAGAGGUGACUGCUCCUCUUUUGUCUCCUCACAUCCAUGGUCAUGCCACAGAUUCCCACAUCGAGAUUAGACAACACGUUUCAGAAGUCGGUGCUCCUCUGCCCUCCCCCAGUGUUCACGGCCAGUCUUCUGAUGCUCACAUAAAAGUUGGGGAAAAUGUCUCAGAAUUUAUCGCUCCUCUUCCUACUCCGAACAUCCACGGCCAUGCCUCAGAUGCCCACCUCAAAGUCGGGGGCCUUAUUUCAACCGUAGUCGCCCCACUGCCCUCGCCUAAUGUCCAUGGUCACAGUUCAGAUGCUCACAUCAAAGUUGGGGAAAAUGUUUCAGACGUUGUUGCACCACUUCCUACUCCGAGUAUCCACGGUCACUCUUCUGAUGCCAAUAUUAAAGUGGGUGAAUUUGUUUCCAACAUAUCUGAAGCAAGACCUCUAGGCAGUAAGCAUGGGCACGCCUCAGACUGCGCGCUUCAGUCCGGCUGUGUGGUGUCUGGCGUUGAGCCGACCGUGUCCCCUCUGCCUGGAAGCUCUUAUGGUCACUCCUCUGACUCAGCGUUAGGUACUGGAUGUGCAGUUUCAGGGGUUGAACCCAAACGUCUCCCUCUACCUGGCAGUGCCCAUGGCCACUCCUCCGACUCAGCGUUAGGUACUGGAUGUGCAGUUACAGGAGUUGAACCCAAACGUCUCCCUCUACCUGGCAGUGCCCAUGGCCACUCCUCCGACUCAGCGUUAGGUACUGGAUGUGCAGUUACAGGAGUUGAACCCAAACGUCUCCCUCUACCUGGCAGUGCCCAUGGUCACUCCUCCGACUCAGCGUUAGGUACUGGAUGUGCAGUUUCAGGAGUUGAACCCAAACGUCUCCCUCUACCUGGCAGUGCCCAUGGUCACUCCUCCGACUCAGCGUUAGGUACUGGAUGUGCAGUUACAGGAGUUGAACCCAAACGUCUCCCUCUACCUGGCAGUGCCCAUGGUCACUCCUCCGACUCAGCGUUAGGUACUGGAUGUGCAGUUUCAGGAGUUGAACCCAAACGUUCCCCACUACCGGGCAGCGCCUACGGCCACUCCUCAGAUUCUUCACUCGGAGUGGGAUGUGUGGUGAAGAGCAAAGAUUGUGGAGAUCAGCAGAAAAUGGAGGACAAUGAUGGUGGUAAAGGUCCUGGUGAGCAGCUGGUCGAGGGCCUGGGGUCCUGGGCUGCUGGCUUCGGUCUGUCGCCUGGAGAACAGUCUGAGCAGGAAUACCUCUUGGCUUUGUCUGCUCAGUACGAGGUGGACCUCUAUGAAGACUGCUACAACCUAAUGGCCUCGUCUCCCGAGUGUCAGCUGCUGAAGCAGGUGACUCGGGGCCCCUGGGGCCUUCCGAUGGACCCCACACUCCGCAGAGCUACAGACACCACCGCGGUCCAACUCAGCGAGAUGGUGUCCCUGCCAGUUCUGAUAAAACACUCUGUCACCGCACCGCUCAUCACACAUGUGUCUUUGGUGAACAAAGCGGUGGUGGACUACUUCUUUGUGGAGCUGGGAGUGGAAAGACACUUUGAAGCGCUGCGUCACUUCCUGCUGAUGGAGGACGGCGAGUUCGCGCAGUCCCUCAGUGACCUGCUCUUUGAAAAGCUGGGCAGUGGGCAGACUCCCGGUGAGCUGCUGACCCCCUUGGUCCUGAACUCCAUCCUCAGCAAGGCCCUGCAGUACAGCUUACACGGGGACACGCCCUUGGCCGGCAACUUCACCUUCGCCCUGCGCUUCUUCCCCGAGACCUUUCACCCACAUGCCCCCGACUCUCUCAACUGUCUCGAGCUACGCUACAAGGUGGACUGGCCGCUGAACAUCAUCAUCACGGACAGCUGCAUGAACAAGUACAACCGCCUGUUCUCGUUCCUGCUGCAGCUCAAACACAUGGUGUGGAGCCUCCGCGACGUGUGGUUCCACCUCAAGAGAACAGCGCUGGUGAAAGGUGCCGGUCGCUCAGUGCAGUUCCAUCAGCUACAGCUCUACAGACACGAGAUGCAGCACUUUGUCAAGGUGAUCCAGGGAUACAUCGCCAACCAGAUCCUGCAAGUGUCGUGGAGCGAGUUCACCGCCAAGCUGGCCGGCGCCAGCGACCUGGACGCCAUCCACCGCACACACGCCGACUACCUCAACAGAGCCAUCUUCAGGGGUUUGCUGACGGAGAAAGCGGCUCCGGUCAUGAACAUCAUCCACAGCAUCUUCAGCCUGAUCCUCAAGUUCCGGGCGCAGCUGAUCGCGCAGGCCUGGGACAGCCAGCACGGCGAGGCGGUGCACCCCAGCUUCGUCGCCAUGCAGCAGUCAUACAACACCUUCAAGUAUUACUCGCACUUCCUUUUCAAAGUGGUGACCAAGCUGGUUAACCGAGGCUACCAGCCCCAUCUGGAGGAUUUCCUCCUUCGCAUCAACUUCAACAACUACUACAAAGACUCCUGAUCUCUGUGCUGGUGUGUGUGUGAAUAAGUUUCACAUGAGCUUAAUGUCACAAUUUCACCUAAAUUUGAUUUCUGUUAAAUACCUAUCCAAUGCACGUCAAUACAGAUAAUCUGACGUAUGUGAUGAAUGGAGUUAUUCUGGCCAUCAUCCGUCUGCAGGAUACAUUAAAACCCACCUGGAUGGUGUGUGUUGAGGAAGGGUUUGACAUUGAGAGCACAUUAUGUAAUCACCUCACAUCGCCGUGCAUGAUGUGAACUCCAGGCCCGCUGCUUGAUUAAUUAGACUGCUUCUAAAAUUUGUAUGCUGCCAAAGUUUUGUAAUUGCGACGAAGGUAACGCCUGUAAUGAACCGUAAUGCCUCCCGUGCUCAGGUGCGUCUCCAGCUGUGCAGAUUUAAGUUGCGUUAAAAAAGAAACAUUUGUAUGUAUGCAAGUAUAUGUAAAUAGUGAAGGCAAAUGCUUUGUUUAAUAAAUGCUCUAUUCUUUGCCGUU